AUGGACCGCCCCGAGCCAGGGCUUGUUAAAUGGUCGUCCAACCCUUCCUACGACAACUUCAUUCAUAUCAACCUCCAGCACCGCGUUGUUCAGGUAUACGAACCAACUGGACACGCAAGAACCGGAAGAUUCGACUACCAGAAACUCACACGCCACGAUGACUUUCCUCCUCUCACAACUUACGAUUGGUCACCUACCAACCCCGGUCUUCUCGCUGUUGGAACUGGAAGCGGCGUUGUGAACUUGCUAAGAAUCGACGAUGGGUCCAAUGCGUACGUUGAGCUGGGUCUAAAGAUGUCCCGCACAUGCCAGGCUGUUGCGUUCAACACAACCGGAUUGUUAGCAGUUGGCCUUGACCGAGUUCGGAUGGACCAAUGUCUUCACAUAUGGGAUGUCAAUCGACUGUCUUCAAUGGAUAAGAACACAAAAGGUUUCCCUUCAGAUGCAACCAAUAUCGGUGAUCCGAAAACCCGUCUAGAACCUAGUGUUUCUGUGUCGAGUAUUAAAUUCUUUGAAGACAGUCCUCAAACUCUUGUGGUUGGCAUCAAGGCCCAGGGCCUUCGAAUACACGACCUCCGCGACCCUAACAGCAUUGUCACAUUCCAAACGAAGUGCAACAAUAACCUUACAAUUGAUUAUGCUGACCAAAAUUACUUUGCUUCAUCUGCUCUCGAUCAUCCUGGUGUAAUGAUAUGGGAUCGUCGGGCAACGUCGAGACCUGUGGCUUCUCAUGCAUACAUGCAAGCAAUCGAAGAGGACGAACUUCCAUGGGGUGGAGCAUUGCGACUGGACCAGGUGAUCGAAACUGAUUCUGACCCCUUUCUUGCAGAGGGAAAAUACUCUCUCGUUCGCUCGCUCCGUUAUUGCCGCGAUCACCGCGGUCUGCUUGCUGUGCUGUCUCGUACCGGACAACUAAAGGUAUUGGAUACUAAUAAAGAAGUCCCUUCAUCUAGUUCAAGCAGUCCAGAGCUUCUUCAGGUUCAGAAAUCAUACGAAAUGGAUGUCGCGUAUGUUGAAACAUCGAGGAAGAACGAUCGUAUAGUUGCCUUUGACUGGGUGACAUUGAGCUCACCAGUGCUGCGUCCGCGACUACUUGUCUUGCGAGCCAACGGAAACUUUGAAAUUUUGGAACAGCCGUCUCAAACCUCAGACCACGUUUACAAGCUUGUGCCUUGGAAAGCACCGCACCGCGGACUUGAAGAGGGCACUCCAUACCGUAGUAUUAUGCAGUUUGAACCAUCACAAGCUCCAGAUAUCUUAGGACCUUUGCUCAUUGAAGAAGCGCUAUCAGACAUGCCUUUGUUCGGACCAGAGAGCGCCAGUAUUCGAGCGGAUACAGAGGCUGCACUCAAGGCGAAUAAUAUGUCUACGGUGGUCAUUGAAGAUGUCGGGGCAACCACAAGACCACUACCCGAGGCUUUUCACAAAGCUUCCACCGUCGCUCCCAAGAUAAGGGCUCUGCGCGCCUUCGUGAGGGAUGAGUUCCAGGCACCGAAGGGGAUAAAACCACGCGCUGGCGAUACAAAGAUUGUGCAGAGCGAGACUAGUGAGAUGUCUCUGGCCUCUGACAGUUUGGGCUCAUGCCGAGAAAUCCACGAUGCCUUGCUAGCUUCGCUGGCUGAGGCUGAGGGUCUACCCAGGGAAGCACAGAACGUGCUUGAUCAUGCAAUGCUGUUGCGCGCUAAAGAGAAGUACCUUUUUGACGCUGUAGCAAAUCGAGAUAUCGUGGCAGACGAUCCAUGGGUCAAGUACAUAUGGGACUGGGUUGCAACUGCGGAGGAGAAUGCUGACGACGGAGGCAUGGUUCUUUCAAAUAUUGAUCUCAGUUAUGUGGGUGUACACUCGAUAUGGACAAACUAUCUUGGCCGUGAUCCUUCAACCAGACUACCCCCGGGCACAGCACCUCCUGAUCGAUCGACGUGGGAACGCAUCAUUGCAAGUUUUUGCAAAAAGAAUCGCCUUCCCAAGUUCAAUGGGGCCGCUACCAAGUGGCCCGCCCAUCGUCAGCUCUGCCUCGAAGUAUGUGGCUGGGGCGACUCAGAAAAGCAUGACCCUAAAGGCCGCAACAGAAAGGCAGAUCCAGAGUAUCCCACUACCAUUCACACCAUGGCUGCUGCUCGAGCGCUUUUUACAGGCGACCACAAAGAAGCUAUUCAGAUCCUCAAAAAGGCUAGCACUGCGCACCCUGAACUAUUGUUUGUGUCUCUAGCUCUGCAGCUUAUGGGUAGUGGUAACAGCACACCCGCCAAAGAACAGUUGGACUUUGAUGAAGCCGUAGCGUCCAAAACCGACCCAUAUCUUCGAGCUAUAUCAUCUCUCAUCGCGACUGGUGACUGGGCGGCUAUAGCUAACCAGCUGUCUCUUCCAUUGUCUGACCGCGUAUACGUUGCGGUACGCAACUUUGACGAUGAUCAUCUCACUAAAUGGCUCAACGAGCAGAUUACCCUGGCUAUAGCAGACGGAGACAUAGAGGGCAUUGUUCUCACAGGCAUCACAGAACCUAUGGUCGACAUUUUCGCCCGCUACAUCCAAAAGUUUCAUGACGUACAAACAGCAACUCUCGUUCUGUCUAUCUGUGCACCUCGGUAUAUAGACGACAUCCGCUGCCGAGCAUGGCGCAACGCAUAUCGGGUACUUCUGCAACGCCACAAACUCUUCUUCCAGCGCACAAAGUUUGACGUCGAGUCUACUAAGCGUUCCAAGCGCGACGGCAUCCCAAAGCUCAAGCCUCCUUCUCGUCAAAUCGCCCUCCGCUGCGUCUUCUGUGAUGCUGAGGCAUCCCUUGCGAACCACGCGAGUCACCCACCGCAUAUGGGCGGUUCCUCUGCGCAAGCAGCUUCGGCCCUUGAGUCACGUAACCCGCUUCUCGCAACGAGUAUCAAUGCCGGCGUGAGUUGUCCUAACUGUGGUCGUCAUCUUCCACGCUGUGUCGUCUGUCUUGAAAUCGUUGGCGUGCCGCGCUCUGACAAACCCGAGGAGAAGAGCGAGGCCAAGAUGGCUGGGCAGUUUCCGACAUUUUGUCUCCGCUGCGAACAUGUUUUGCAUCUUGAUCAUGCCCGCCAGUGGUUUGCCAGGCAUGUCGAGUGCCCGGUGCCAGAAUGUCGAUGUCGCUGCAACUUCCGUGCGAAUCCGGAGUUGAGUUAUCGUUGA